AUGUGUGUAUGUGACGGGGACCUCGCCGAGCUCUGCGCGUCUGCGUGUGCGGGGGCGUCCGUCCGUCCGUGGGUCCGUCUGCCCUGCGCUCUGUCCCGUGCUCCGUGCGCGCUCCCUCGCCCGGCCGCCUCGCCAAACCGGCUUCGGCUGCAGAGUCUCGGGCGCAGCCGCCGGGUCGGCUCGGCACCCUCGGCCCCGGCUCCGCCCCGCCCCCGGGCGGGCUUGCGCCGCUCCCCGGGAAUUGCGCAGGGCCCGCGGGGCUGGCGGGUGGGGGGCGGGGAGAUCCGGCGGCGUCCGGGGCCCAAGUCGGGCGGGAUCACAGACCCUUCAUCCCUGCCUGACCCUGAUCUCGGGCGCCUGCACCCCGCAACUCCGCUUGGAGUCCACGCAGACACUGCGCCCGCGCCGAGGGGGAUACCAAGGUGCACCAUCACACAGCUACCACCCUGAUUCCAGCUACCGCCCUCGUUCACCUGGAUUUCUACAAUAGCCUCCUUCCUGGUACCCGCGCUGCCACCCUUGUCCCCCUGCAGUCGAUUCUCUACUGUCAGAGCUAACCUUUGAAAACGUAAGUCAGAUGGCGUUGCUUCUUUACUGGAAAUCCUUCAAUGGCUCUCCACUCAUUCAAGGGAAAGCUACAGCCCCUGUAAUAGCCUGCAAGGCCUUUCAUGAACUGGCUUCCUUUUGUUUAACUCUGAGACUUCACUUCCUACCACUCCAGUCACAGGGGCCUUUUUAGUGCAUCACCAACAUGGUAGCCACCCUGUGGCCUCAGGGCCUUUGCACUGCUAUUUUCUCUGCCUGGAAACUUCCCCCAGAUAGUCACAUGGCUUGCUCCUUUACCUCUUAAAAGUGUUGCCUCAAACAGGCUUCUGGGACCACUCUAUUUUAAAUGCACACCCACUCCCGCCAUUUUCUCCGUGGUAGUCAUGACCUUUGUUUUGUGUUCCCUGCCUGUAAGGUUUGCUGGCCCUUCACGUCCAGCUCUCACCUUAGUCCUCGGGCAUCCUGGUUCUCCAGCCUUACCACACUCUUCUCUAAACAGACUGCAUUUUCCCAUUUCUAGCCUUUGUUCGGGCUGUGCUUUCAGCCUGGAAUUUCUCCAUCCUUCAGCAUUAAGGCUAAUUUUCCCCGAACAGUGCCAGUGUAAUGUUGCUGCUGCUGCUGCUAAGUCGCUUCAGUCGUGUCCGACUCUGUGCG